AAGAACAGGCGUUUAGCCAUGACACAAACCCAGCACACAAUGCGCAGCUGCAGCAGCAGCAGCAGCGAUUUACAGCAUGCGCAACAGCGACGUCGACGCCAAAUGUCAACGCAUUGUUCGACGCUGCUGCUGCUGUUGCUCGUGAUCAGCUGUGGCAUUUCCGUUGCCUUCGCUGCGACAGCGCAGUCGCGCUUGUCUCAACCCCAGGGCAGAAUACGGCCGCCGCGUGAGAUAUAUGAGGACGAUGCCGGCGCCGCAGCUGCCGCUGCUGCAGCCGCCGCCGAUGCCGAGGCUGCGGAGGCAACAAGCUGCUGCCAGGGCGCAGCAGCCACAUCUGUCGAGCCUGUCACGCUUUCACUGGAACUGGGAAAUGUGACAACAGACUACGAUGGCUCCGGCGAGACCUCCUCGAAGGAGACUUUCAAGCGCAGCGUGGCACGUGCUGCCAUUCGGAACGCGACGCCAGCGAGCUGCUCGCCACAGCCGACGAUCGUGGAGCUGAAGCCACUGACGGAGCAGGGCGGGGAGCAGACGGCCUCGAAUGUCUACUAUUUGCCGGCGUGCACGCGCAUCAAUCGCUGCAACGGAUGCUGCGGCUCCACGCUGAUCUCGUGCCAGCCGACGGAGACGGAGACGCUGCAGCUGCGCGUGCGCAAGGUGGAGCGCUUCGGGGCGAGCAGCAAGCGGGGCUAUGCCAUUGUCAAUGUGGAGCAGCAUUUGGCAUGCAAAUGCGAUUGCCGCAUCAAGGCCGAGGACUGCAAUGCGUACCAGGAGUACCGCAAGGAUCUCUGCCGCUGCGAGUGCCAGAACACAGAUGCGCGCGACAAGUGCCUGGAGCAAUCGGAUCACAAGUAUUGGGACGACGCCAACUGCACCUGCGCGUGCCGCUACAACCAGAGCUGCACUACCGGCACCGUCUUCGACGAGGCCCAAUGCAAAUGCACCGAUCCCUCGGCGCCCAGCGAUGUGGCCGACCGUCGACGCUUCAUCGUACAGGCAGUGGAGGCCGUGGAGCCGGACAACAGCACCCUAUACAGCGUCUAGGAGGGCAACCCAAUUACAAUACUUAUUUAUAUAAAACCUAUAGCU